AUGCCCGCCGCGCCGGCGGGCACUGCCGCUAGCGGCGAGCACACGCAUUGGAAGAGCAAGCAGUACCUGCAGAAGUUGCCAGCGUGCGUGUUCUUCGACGCUGUCGGUGCGGCGUCCGUUUUUGGAGGCGAGAUCGCCGACGUCGUUUACGCUCCGCUGUAUGCUUACCUCGUGUACCUGAUGUUCCAGUCCAAGCGGCUGGCCUUCGUUGGGUUUCUCAAGGAGCUGCUAUUGUUUACCGACGUGAUACCCUAUAUGACCAUCCUGUGGCUUCUUGAGACAUGGCUCCCAGAUCAUUAUCUCGUUCGAUGCUGCGGAAUCACUCAUCCGCGAAGCCAUCCUUACGAGGGAGACGCCCGGGGGCCUGACUUGAGCGCAGUGGAGCCGUUCCUGAAGACGGCGGCGGCGGCGAAAUAG